GACUGGGAGGCGCCUGCCCUCUAAUUACCCCCUGUUUCCACCAAACACCUCUUUGUUUACUCCCUCAGGAGAGUCAAGUCCAGGCAGAGGUGCUACCGUGAAAACUUCACCCAGGAACCAGAACCAUGUCUGUGUUUCUGCUCAGCUCUCUCCUAUCCUCCGCUGUGCUUUCUGCCUCUGACACAGCGGUCCCGAUCGGACCUCCCUCCAUCGGCUUCAGCUCGUCGUUCCGUUCGGUGUGUAAGCCCAUCCCGUCCACCCUGUCUCUUUGUCACGGCAUCGGUUACCGCCGCAUGUGGAUCCCCAAUCUGCUCGGCCACGACUCCCUGAAGGAGGUCCAGCAGCAGUCGGCCGCCUGGCUGCCGCUGGUCUCCAAGCUGUGCCACCGGGACACCAAGAAGUUCCUGUGCUCGCUGUUCGCCCCGGUGUGCCUGCCGGAGCUCAGCGGGGCCGUCAGCCCCUGCAGGAGCCUCUGCGAGGCCGUGCGGGACGGCUGCCUGCCCGUGAUGAGCGCCUUCGGCUUCCCCUGGCCAGAGAUGUUCAACUGCUCCCGGUUCCCCAGCGGGACGGAGCUCUGCAUCCCGGCCACCGGACAGCAGGAGGAGCUGACGGAGGAGGAGGUGAAGCGCGAGGAGGAGCUGAAAGGAAGUGUUAUCUGUGACGCCUGCAGUCUGACUGCAGAAGGAGAGUCGGACAUCCAGGAAAACUUCUGCCUCAGUCCAUAUGCCUUAAAGAUGCGCCUGGACAGCGUGUCAAGAGUGGGAGGCGACCGUCAGCUUGUGCCUAUGGCCCGCAGCCGCAUCCUGAGGUGGGCAGGAGGAGGUGCAGAGCGGGCGCAGGAGUUUGGAGGAGCAAACGCCCACAAGGCUUUGUGGCUGCAGGAAGGAGGCAGCUGUACAUGUCCGGAUUUAGACUUUCCAGAGAUAAACAACGAAAAAGAGCCAAAGAAGGAGGAGAGUGAUAAAAAAACGGCAAAAAGAGGAGCAAAGCUGGUGAACAGACACCGAGACGGAUGGUACCUGGCUUUAGCCAAGCCUGAAGAGGGUAGACUCGUUUUGACUAGACUUGUUAAGUGGACCCGAGGGGACAAAGAGCUAAAGAAGUUCAUCAGAACUCUUCUUAAAAAGCCUUGUCCAGAGCUGUAAACCAUUGGCCAUUUUAGGUUCUUACAGAACGCUGUCUGUAACCUUAUGCUACUUGUCCACACUUUUUAUUUAUUCACUUGAAAUCAAAGAAACACAUUCAGGAUCUAUUAAUGCAUAUGAUCCCUAGAAAAGCUUUUUUUUCUCCAGUCUGUGUGGGUGACGAUGGUAAAGUUGCAUGUAAGCAACUCUUUCAUCUUUUGUGUCUAAUACUCUCCCAUCUAUCAGGUAGCCAGUGUAAGCUGGGUAAAACCCUUAAAAGUAACAUAAUUUAACUACUAAUUAUCAAUAUUCUCUUAAGAAAUUAUAGCUGAUCUAUUUUUAAGUGGACAUCAUGCAUUACUGGCUUUUUAGUUGAUUUCUCAAUAUUAACACAGAAGCAAAUGUUUCUAGAGUAAAAACUUAUUUUACUUUUACAUUAAAAGCUUUUGUUGUUAGACUUUGCUUUUUUCCCAUAAACCUCAGUUAUGAAAAUGUGGUUAUAAAUGUUGGUUGAGUAUGGUGUUAGAAAUGGUGUCUAUGAGAGGCAGGAAGGAGGCUGAAGAAGUAAAAGGAAGCAGAUAAUGCUGAAGUUGCACCACCUGACUAAGGUCAAACACAACCGGCCGAACUGUGGACAUCUUGAAGUGCAGAAAGAAACUAUAUAUCAGUAGAGAAGCUUUGCUUUUAUUUUUGGUUGAGAUGGAUUUUUAUUAUCCCCAUGUUAGUUGAGCUAAAGGAGCUAAAGGUGGUUACCCAUUUGUCCAUUUGUUGCCAUG